ACUUCCUGUCGGAGGAACAGCGUAGGGACGCAGGCUAGCUCUGCUGUCCGUGUUAUCCCAGAGAUGUCGGAGUCUCCGGACGCCCGCAGCCUCCUCUCUGCUUCCUCGCAGCUCAACCUGAUGGAGGUGGACGCGAUCGACGAUAAGGAGUUUGACAUUCCCCAAGUGGACACGCCUCCCACACUGGAGAGCAUCCUCAAUGAGCUGGAGGAUGAGGAGGAACCGUUUGUGCUGGAGGACACCUGCGUGCUAAACACAGACAACAUGGACGCUCACUCCUGUGACACCUCCUCUCUGGCCAGCUCUGACAGUGGAGACCCAGCACACCUCAAACGAAAGAGGAGGACAGUGGAUCUGAAUGCAACAGUUCACGGGUCUGUUCUUCGACACAGUCUGCUGAAGGGCAUCUCUGCACAGAUCGUCUCUGCUGCUGACAAAGUGGAUGCUGGACUGCCAACUGCUAUAACAGUGUCAGGGGUGAUCGCUGUGGGAACGUCACAUGGUCUGGCUCUGGUCUUUGACACCAACCAGGCUCUGCGGCUCUGUCUGGGUACCAAGGCAACAGGAGCAGAGUUUGGAGCCGUCUCCGCCCUCAGCAUCAACCACGAUUGCUCACGACUUCUCUGUGGGUUCGCCAAAGGACAGAUCACCAUGUGGGAUCUAGCCAAUGGGAAGCUUCUGAGAACUAUCAAUGAUGCCCACCCUCCUGGGACAGCUAUACUGCAUGUGAAGUUUACAGACGACCCAACUCUUGCAGUGUGCAAUGACAGUGGAGGAUCAGUUUUCGAGCUGGCUUUCAGGAGGGUGAUGGGGAUGCGGUCCUGUGACUCUCGAUGUCUCUUCAGUGGGUCUAAGGGGGAGGUGUGCUGUAUCGAACCGUUGCAUGCUCCUCCAGACUUCAGAGACCAUCCCAUCACACACUACUCUCUGCUGGCUAUGGCCUCUCUCACUAAGAUUCUGGUCAUUGGACUAAAGCCCUCGCUGAAAGUCUGGAUGACUUUUCCCUACAGCAAGUCUGAUCCGUCCAGUGUUCCUCAGCUGGCCUGGCAGUUUGUUCCUGUUCAGAAGACGGUCAACCCAAUCCUGGCUUUUUGCAAAGGAGACACAGUCCACUUCCUCCUGGUAAAGAAGGAGGAGACAGGGACCAUCCAUGUCAUCAAACAAAGACAACUCCACCUCAGCUGUGACAUCAUUAGCCUGAGUUGGAUAAACAGCCGCACACUGGUCCUGGUAGACAGCCACGAAAAGCUGCAGGUUGUGGACCGGCCCAGUCAGGAGGUUUUGGAGACUCUGGACUUGGAGCAGGUGCAACUGGUCUAUAACAGCCGGCAUUUCAAAUCGCUGGCCACUGGAGGGAAUGUCUCCCAGGCUCUGGCUUUAGUCGGAGAGAAGGCCUGCUACCAGUCCGUCUCGAGCUACGCAGGACAGAUCGUCUAUUUGGGCACCAAGUCAGCUCACAUUAUGACUCUAAGGAACUGGAGAGAGCGUAUAGACUGCCUUCUGAAGCAGGAGCAUUUUGUCGAGGCUCUCUCUCUGGCCUGGUCCUUCCAUGAGGGAACUGCUAAGGCUGUGGUUGGCCUGUUUGGAGAUCCAGUGAAAAGGAAGGGAGUGGUGGGUGACAAGAUGGUAGAGGUCAUUUUCCAGUUUGCAGAGCAUGCUUUGAAGAAGUGUCCAGAACAUGGCAAGAUCCAAGUGAUGGAGCAACACUUCCACGAUGUGGUUCCAGUGCUGGUGGAUUACUGUCUCCUGCUACAGAGGGCCGACCUGCUGUUCAACCAGCUGUAUGCUCGGCUGGGGGAGAACAUGGUUGCUAAGGGUGUCUUUCUGGAGUCACUGGAGUCAUACAUUGUUGCAGACCGUCUUGGCCACCUCACCACGCCCAUCAUGAGGGACCUCCUGGCCCAUUACCAUGGCAAUGGUAUGAUGGACAGCCUGGAGAGAUGCAUCGUCCAUCUGGAUGUCACCAGCCUGGACAUACAGCAGGUGGUCAAAGUGUGUUGGGAGAACCAGCUCUACGAUGCAAUGAUCUAUGUUUUCAACCGUGGCAUGAACGACUACAUUACACCUAUGGAGAAACUUUUUGCAGUGAUUGGCCCACCACUUAGGGAGGGGAGGGGCCUAACAGAUGAGGAAGUGGUGAUGGGAAACAAACUUCUGGUGUACAUAAGCUGCUGUCUUGCAGGAAGGGCAUAUCCACUAGGAGACAUCCCUGAGGACCUCGUGGUUCAAGUCAAACACCAGGUGUUUGAGUUUCUUAUCCGGCUCCAUUCAGCCGACUCAUCAGAGGAGGAGGAGGUUUUCCCGUAUAUUCGCACACUCCUCCACUUUGAUACCCGGGAGUUCCUCAAUGUCCUCGCCAUGACAUUUGAAGACUUUAAGAAUGAUAAGCAGGCCCUUGAGUACCAGCAGCGGAUAGUGGACAUCUUACUUCAGAUACAUCACUUAGGUCACCUGCAUGACAAAACAGUAGCAGAGUCGUCUUUAUCCUGGAAAGAAAUGACUCAUGAGGUGAUGGUGGACAACCCAGACUUUACUCCCUCCCAGGUGGGCGGGCUCUUCACCUUCUUGGCCCGCCAGUUGGCGAAGCCAGACAACACGCUUUUUGUGAACAGGAAGCUCUUUGAUCAGGUUCUGGAAUUUCUGUGUUGCCCAGACGAUGACUCCAGACACACUGAGAGGCAGCAGGUACUGCUGGAGCUGCUGCAGGUCGGCGGUGUGGUCCAGUUUAAUGAAGGAAGGCUGCUGGCUUUGGCAGAGAAGGCCAAGUUCUACCAGAUCUGUGAAUUUCUUUAUGAGAAGAAACAUCUGUAUGACAGGAUCAUUGAGUGCUACCUGAGAGACCCCCUCAGAAAGGUGGAGAUCUUCAGCUACAUCCACAAUCUGCUGUCCAUGCCUGGCUACAGCCCUGAGGAGAAACAAGCUGUCAAGGACAAAGCACUGCAACACAUGCAGGAGCUGGUGACCCUUGACCCCAGUAAGUCAGCUGACCUAGUGGUGUUUCACUUCGCUGAAGAGGUGCAGCAAAUCCAAUCUGAGCUUCAGGAUGACCAGCUGCUUUUCCAGUUCCUCAGCUGUCUCCUGGAACCACGGGAAGGUCACCAUCCAGGGAUCCUCCUGCUACAGGAACAUGACCUCCAUGAGCUUCUGCUGGACUUAAUGUGCCGCUUUGCCCCCCAGCAGCUCCUGAGCUUCCUCCAGACCUCCCAGCACUACAGACUGGAGGAGGCCAUACAAAUAACAGAGAAGUACCACCACAAUGAGGCUACAGCCUACCUGCUGGAGAAGAAGGGAGACGUUCAAGGAGCUUUUGCUGUCUUGUUAGAGACACUGAAGGACAAGCUGAGUCUCCUCACCGCUGAGAGUGAUAGAGUCGAAGGAGGGGAUGGAAGACGAGAUGAGGAGGAGGGAGGCGACGAAGCAACACUGACAGGAGUGAAGGACUCACUGAAUGAAAUCAUUGUCUUGUGUCAUCGAAGCUCUCAGAACCUCUACCAGCAACAAAGAGAGGUGCUGUGGUUUCCUCUGCUGGAGACCAUGAUGGCUUCUCAAAAAUUGGUGAAGGGGCUCGAUGCCAAACACACAUUUGAAGUGCUGAAGGAGCUGACCAUGAAGGUUCUCAACUGUAUGAGCACCUUCAUUUCUCUUCCUUCCAUUAUCCAGCGAAUACUGCAGGACCCAGUCUAUGGGAAAGGAAAGCUGGCAGAGAUUCAAGGCCUCAUUCUGGGUAUGCUGGACACUUUUAACUAUGAACAGACUUUACUUGAAACAACCACCAGUCUGUUGAACCACGACCUCCACUGGUCCCUGGCUCACCUGCGCGCUGCCGUCACAAGAGGGCUCCACCCACGGCAGGACUACUGUAACAUCUGCCUGCAGCAGUACAAGAGGAGGCAGGACUCGGCGGAGGAGAUCAUUGUGUUCAGCUGUGGCCACCUGUACCACUUCCAGUGCCUGCAGCAGAAGGACUGUGGGUGGGGCUUCGCUUCAGAGCAACAACAGCGGUGGAGCUGCUACAAGUGUUCCUCCAGCCAAGGAGGAAGGGCAGGGCCUUCUGCCGAGCCAAACAGAGGCCGCAGCACGUCACUGGCACAGUUGCCUUACAGUGAUGACACCAGUGACGUAGCGGAGGAUGAUCUUUUGUACAUAGCGCUGAACCAAAAGAAGCCAGCGACUCGAGUUACAUCAGUGCAUCAUGAUGUGGGAGCAGAGGCUGACAGAAAGAAGGUGUUUGUUGAGGCAACGUUGGACCUUCAGCAGGAACAGUCCUGGGAUCAGCUACGCUGUUUGUACCGGGGGCCGUCCAGGUUGUCCAUCCUUUCAGAACUGUCCCACUGCCAUAGCAGUGAGAAGACGGGGCUUCUAAUCACAGCCCAGCCAGGAACAGAGAAUUUCCAACUUAAACUCGCUCCUCCACCUCUGUUGGAGGAGUAGCACCAGGACUGGCUGAGGAUCCAUUUGUCCUCCAUUUGUCCAGACUUGAGUGAAGCGGGACUGCUUAAAGACUGAUUUCUUGCUUUCCCCUAACUGUUCUUCAUCAGUGUUGAAUGCAGUUUUCCACCACUUUUGAUAUUGUUUACCUUGUUUCAAACUGUUGAUAAUAUUGGGUCACUGGUAAUUCUACUGAAUGUAGCUUUAAUUCCAUCCAUUGUUUAUGCUUUGGUUUGCAUGUUGUCAAGAAGUUGAUCAUAACAUAACUGCGAACAAAGUUAAAACUGGAGGGGGCAUUGAUACUGAAUGUUUGUUUACAAGCAGUAAACAACACAAGAUACUUCCUCCUCUUAUUUCUGCACACUGAUAUAAACACUGAUCCUAACUUCUUUAAUGUGAAAGGUUCUAGCGUGAUGAUACCACAAUGCAGCUUCUAACUGACAGUGAUAAAUUACCUUUAUUGGCUGAAUUCAAGAUCUCAAGAGUUUUCUGAGUGAGAAAUCUCCCAUCAUGUUGGAAUGUACUUUGUUUUGGUGGAAUCGUUGUAACAAACAUUUCAGAACAGAAGAUAAUUUGAUAAACGCAAACUCCUUUUCAGGCUCUUUAUAUAAACCAAUCAUUAGGUCAACUUCUAAGGAACUUAAUCUCACAAUAAGGAUGUUUGGGACUUUUAUGGGUAGUGUGGAAGUCCAAAGAGGGAGGGUGGGUGGGGAUGGGUGGAUGGAUGGAUGGAUGGAUGGAUGGAUGGAUGGAUGAGGGCUGUCUGACUUCUAUUUUUUUUCUCUUUACUUCAGACGUCUCUUGUGGGGUUAAUAAUGACUUCUUGUUAUAUUUGCUGAAACUUUCAUAUAUCCUGACAGUAGUACAUGAGACAGAUAAUCUGUGAAACAAUCAGGUUCACUUUGGACUUCACCGGGUCUGGACAAAAACAACCAAUCAGAGCUAAGAAAGAUGGACAGACACAUAGGAUUGUCUCAUUGUUGAGUCUCAUUGUCAGCAUUGAUAUUUGACAACCUGGGAAUGAGACUGAACAAUCAACUGUCUCCCUCAGCUCUGAUUGGUUGUUUUCAUUCAGGCCCGGUGGAUUCUUGUAAAUGUCUUUAGGAGCACUAGGAGGAGCCAGAGGAACCUGAUUGUUUCACAAAUUAUCUGUCUCAUGUUCUACUGUCAGGAUAUAGUGAAAGCUUCAGCAAAUAUGAGAGAAAGAUAUUUUCUUAAAAGUUACCUACCGCAGCUUUAAAUUAAAGAAGAACAAAACACCAGAAUCUAAAAGUGAACAAAUUUGAACAUCUGAAUAAAUGUUCAUGUUUUAAAA